AUGAGGGUGAGAAGAGCUUACAUUCUGGUCUUGAUUUUAUCCCUUCUAGUUGUUGAUGAAUCUUCCCCGUUUCUUCUCCGACCAGCUUCAGCUAAUAUAUUGUUCAGUAUACCUUUGUGGCUCAGAAUAUUCAGAACCCUCAGAACCCUAAAUUUUAGCAAGAUUUCCAAAGUAUGGGAUCAAUUGAGAUCAUUCUUGCGUGGCCAUGGUGGUCGUCUUCGAAUAGGAGACGUCGUCGACGGCAUAUCUAAGCUUCAAGACUAUUUUCAGUUGUUCGGUUACCUUAAUUCCACUUUGAAUUCAAAUUUCACCGAUGAAUUCUCCGUCGAGCUCGAAUCAGCCAUUAAAUACUUUCAGAAGACUUUCCACCUCAACGCGACCGGCCAGCCCGACAACGCCACUGCGUCGUUGAUCACGCUACCACGAUGCGGCUUUCCUGACGUUAUAAAUGGAUCCAUCACUGUGAUGGAGAAUAGUACGACGCCGUUUACCAAGUGGUGGCCGGAGGGGAAGAUAGAGUUUACUUAUGCUUUUUCACCUGAAAAUGAGACGAUGACGACGUCGUUAAAGGUUGUGUUCUCGGACGCCUUCAGUCGGUGGUCUGUGGUGACGAGGUUGAAUUUUACAGAGACGACGUCGUUUAAUGAAUCUGAUAUUCGAAUCACGUUCCUGUCGCUGGAUGGGCAGUUAGGACUGAACUCGACGGAGAGCGACGAACUGGAUCUGGAGACGGUGGUGAUGCACCAGAUCGGUCACGUGCUGGGACUGAGCCACUCGGCGAUAGAGGAGGCAGUUAUGUACCCUUUCAAUUUGGCAUCGAAGAAAAGGAAGGUGGAUUUUGCGAAAGAUGAGUUGGAGAGGAUUCAGCAGUUCUACGGUGCAAAAUCCGAUUCAAGUGAGUUAUCACCAGCGCAGUCGCCGUCGCCGGAAGCCGGUGUAGUAGGCGGCGCAGGGCCAAGAUGGGGUCGGGAUACAACUUUAUGGCUCGGAAUCAUGUUGCUUUUCUGGUCUUGA